UGCUGCCGCCACCCUGGCACCCACUUCCAGAGCUGCGCGGAUUGGUCGACGGCCUCCAGCAGCGGCAGCAGAACAGCGGCGGCGUCCCGCUAACUAAACCUUCCCUUACUGCCUUGUUCGGAAUUGUAUGUGUACUGUGCCGGCCCCGGCCCGGCCCUGUUUGUCAUGGCGGCCCCAAUGGUUCCCUCCCCACUAGACCCGGCUGUGUCCCAGCCGUCCUCGGCUGUGCCCUCGACUCCGCACAGGAUGCCGUCGCGAUCGAGGACGCAGAGCAUCUCCAGCGACCGGCCGUCGACCGUCGCGCACAGCCUGAUGUCGCCUCCGCUGUCAGUGUCACCCGAGCCGGCAUUCAUCGCCGCUUCGGCCGCCUCGCAGAUCGUCACCAACGACCACGACAGCCAUGCCGAAACAUGGUACGACCAGCAUGGCAUUGAGCCGUCGGGCGAGACCGCUGCCGUGUCGCCCGCCGCGCUGCAGCUGGUCAACAGCUUUCUCGAUCAGCUGCUCUUCAACUUCCUCUCCGUGUCGCGGAGCACCUCCCUCCAUGCCCUGCGCCCGGCAGUGUCCGAAGUUCUGAAGCCCAAGCUCGCCAAGGAUGCCAUCAACCAGGCCGAUGAGGAGCUCCGAGAGUAUCUCGGCGGCGACGACGAGGACGCCACCCUGGCCCACGCGCGCGACCCCGUCCCGUCGAACAAUUGGGAUCUGGAACUGGCCUGGAAGAGGACGCGCCUCCGCUGCAUGGUGUAUUCGUCGCUGGGCGACAUGGAGGAAGAAGACGAGGACUACUACAUGGAGCAGGGCCAUCUCGAUACCGGUCUCGACGAUAGGUUCUCCGAGGCCGUGUCUCCCGCCGUCGCCAUUUUCCUGACUUCCAUCCUGGAAUUCAUGGGCGAGCAAGCGCUGAUCGUCGCGGGCCAAGCCGCGUAUCACCGCAUGCGCUCCAAGUACGAGAAGGACCUCAAAGAUGGCGUGCGGAGCCCGACCGGCGUUGCCGAGCGCAUCGUCGUCGAGGACCUCGAUAUGGAGCGCGUCGCGCUUGAUCGGACUCUGGGUCGGUUGUGGAGGUCGUGGAAGAAAAAGAUCCGCUCGCCUGCCGUUGGCUCUGCGGACCGCUUGAACCGAUCCUACUCCAGGGAUUCAUUGCGCUCUGCGACUGGUCAUCUGCGCUCGCCUAGCACCGCUGCGGAACCCGCCGUUCCCGCGACUGUCCCCGAACCUCAUGCCGAAAUCGAGCAAGGGGAGAGCGACGCUCAGAAGCAAAUCGAAGAUUCCCGGGAGCCCUUGGAGGAGCAUCUAGUUGCCGCAGCCGUUCCCUUACCGAUAGGGCCCAACGACAUUGCUGAAAUCGAAGUGCCCGGCCUUGCGCUCUACAAUGAGGGUGAAAGCGCGGACGAUGGGACUGCAGACGUGAAUGAGCCGGCCCGUCCAAAGAGUAUGAUGAUCCUUCCGUCUAGUGGAAUGCCCGAGUUGCACGCGACGCCUGCGCCAAGUCGACCAUUGGUCGCUCGGAAACGCUCAAGCUCGCUGCCAGCUCCCACCCUUUCUCGCUAUGUAACCGCGGCGAAAACCCAACAUGAUGAACGCAGCACCGUGGGCUUAGCUGGAGACCCCGCGGCGGAGGGUCCUGAAGGGCUUGGUGCCGCCGCAGAUGCUCCUGCAGGUACGGUAGUGGCUUAUGAGGCGGGAGAGCCCGGGGCCCGCGCCGGACCCGAUGAAUACGCCACCGAAGAUGAAGAGAUGAAAGAAGACGUGGACGACGAGGUGUCCAUUGAGGAGCCACGGAUUGUGAGGUCGUCGAGGGUAUCCAUCUUGGGCCACAGCCCAUCAACCGGGUCGUCUGAACACGGGAGGCCUGCCUCUAUCAACACCAACCUCCCAGUUCGGACCCCAAGCAUCCAUUCAGCCCGAUUGAUUGACGUGGCCGGCCCCCGCAGCCCGGCGGUCGGCUCGCGACGCAACUCGGUGGCCGUGGCCGAGUCGAUCCGCCAAUCCAGCCCGCCCCGUACCAGCCGCACGGUGACUCCUCCGGCCCAAGAGGAUCGGCCGGUGCAGCCGCCAGACAGCGCGUCGGGUGGCAGGUUGAGUGUCAGCGUUCCCAACAGGUCCGGACUAGCGGCGAGCGCCUCCAUCUCCGAGGCAGAAGAGGCUGCCGACAAGGAAUAUGUCGUAUCGCCCGCUAUUCCUGUAUCGCCAGCCGCCCCGCCGCCAGUUGCCAAGGACCGGCACGAACCAGCUGGGGCUGCUCUCCAGGACCGCAUCCCGGAGCGAUCGAUCCCUGCCAAGCCUACCACGAAGGUGACCGUACUCCCGGCCAUGUCAUCUCCGGUGUCGACAGCGUCGUCCACGAAUGGGACCUUCUUUAUCGAGUCGAUGCCGGUGUUGCCGGAGGGAAGAGAAAUCCCGGAGCCGCCUCGGGCCGACAGCCUGCGGUCUCGAUCUUCUGCCGCUGCCCAGCCUCCUCCCCCUGCUGUUCCCGACCGGAGCGCUGGGAGACAGGCGGUUGCCAACACUUCGGCUUUGCGCCAGCCAGCAACCAUCGGUCAAGUGUCAGUGGAGCGCUCACGCCCUCGCAGCCCAUCCCAGGGAUCGUCGUCUCGGCCUCGCGACCCUUCAGCUGGACGGAGCAAGCAGCAACAUGCUUCUGGCUCGCCUUCAUCGACAAAGUUCAAACCUGUACGGACGUCGGAGGACGGCAUGCAAGCUCGCAUUGACAUGGCGCGGAACUUUGAGGAGCUUAUACAGAGCGACCAAACCAUCCAGUACACGCUCACGCCCGAAAAUAUGCGCGAGCUCGACCCACAAUCCCAACCAUCGAGGUCCGUUGCCGGCGGCAGCCCCGUCGUUUCCGUAAAGACGAGGAAGAGCGAAGAGGCUCGGCAGAACGGGUCCCGCUCUCGUUCCUCGUCGGUCCACCGAAACGAUGCAAGGCCGUCCACGUCGGCAACGCGCUCAUCCGGUUCUCCAACACACCCUGUCACGGACGGGCACCAGAGCAACAAGAACUUCCCUGCGGCCGCGGGCAAGCAUGGCGGAGUUGUGCCCCGGUCUAUCCCCCCCAUGCCGUCAAAGCCGCGCGCCGCCAACGGGCCUCAAGCGAGAGACGCGAGGUUAGGCCGCGAAUCCCUCGCUGAGUUCGCCGAGUUUAUCCGUUCGACUGGUCCCGCCGGGGGCAGCGCGGCUGCUACGCUCAACGCAUCCCCAGGGGUAGGGCGAACACGACACCCAGGCUCAGUGUCAAACGUCAGCAUCGAAACCGGACGGACAUCCACGACCAGCAACCCUAAUCGGCCGAAGCUCCAGGCUCGCGGCGCUGCUGUCGACUACAAGGAUGACAAUUCCGACUUGAUCGACUUCAUCCGGCGCGGGCCACCGAGUGCUCCCGGUAACCACCGCAUCCCGAGGGCGGUCGCUCCGUUUCGGACCACCAUGGACUCGGAUCAAAUGUCAAAUGCCGUUGGAGGCAAAGCGGUGGACGCCCAGCUCCGUGACGUCGACAUGAGGAGCAGCCAAGCGUCCACUAAUGCCACCGAGUCCUCAGUACCUCCUUCUAUCCAGUCAUCGGUCAACUCCCACAGCGCUCUCCUCACAAGGAACAAGCCACCAACGUCGUACGACGCCGCGGAGGUUGACAUGCCCAUGCCGAAGCGUAAGACUCGCCGGGUCCGUGACCCCUACGCCAUCGACAUUAGUGACGAGGAGCUCGAAGAGGAUGAGGAGCCGGUGCCGGUGCCGGUGCAAAAUCGUAGAAAGAGAGCGCAGACGCAGGAGGAGAGUCUGAUCGACUUUUUGAACAACUACGCGCCACCGCCGGAGCCGACCGUGCAGCCGUUCAACACUGCACAAACGCGAAACAUGUUGAAGCCAAAGAAGAAGGCCAGUGCUCCGAGCUUGAUGGCUAGGUUUACAAGGCGGGACAGCGGGCAACUCGGCAAUGGAGGGUCGACCGGUCCCGCUAGUCCGGAUGUCCCGCAGCCACCAGCGGCAUCGAGGAGCCUGAGCAGCCAAGCUAGCAGCGGUGGGAAGGCAGGCCACAUCCCCAUUCAGGUGAACAUUCCCGGAGGGGAUGUGUACUCGCCACCCCUGCGAACGUCGUCCAGAUCCGCCGCCAGCACCAUGACCGGCUCCUCUGGCGCCGUGGGUGGGCGGGUGCCGAUGAAGAAGUUUGUGCCGCGCGAGCCCGUCUCGGUCACGAACAGGGGCACAUCCGAUUUGGCCGAGUUUCUGAAGCACUCCGGGCCACCCGCUGGUGCGGCCUCCAUGGGGAACCAGCUACCUGGAUUGGCGGAGCGGGACGAGGCGAAUGGCUUGUCCAAGGUGUUUACCCGGAGGAAGAGGCCGAGCAUUUCCUAGCGAUUUUGCGGCGCCAAAUCUACGCCGCGAUUGGAAAUUUCGUUCUCAUAUUCUUGUAUUUACUUUUUUUCUUACAUUCUUUGCCUCCUUCUUUUUGGAUACAUUUUUUGGAUGUGUAAAACAACGAGUCGAUUGGCGAUGAGGUUAAGUCUUCACAUACCUUCUUGUAACACGUUGGAAAGCUUCUCGCCCAGGCAAUACAAACCUACUUUGGAUCGGAUCAUGAGCUUGCAUUCAUUACAUACCUCACGGAUGUGGUACUUGCGUUCUCCCAGUCUUGUUCAUUACCCGCCAUACUCUUCUGUUCGAUGUU